GGCUCGAGUCGACGGGAGAGCAACGGGAGUGCGAUGAUACUACAUCAUUUGUUGCGCGUCUCUCACAGCACGCCGCCGCGUUCUCCAGACGGGCGCGGCCCCCCUCUUCCCCUCGUUCGAAUCGAAGGAUGAGUGGGUUCAAUCCGUCUCUCCCUCCUCGCCGCAACAGGAUUUCCUUGAUGUUUCUCGCGACCUCUCGCCCCGCCACUUCUCCCCACAGGCACUGUGCCUAAUCCCGGACUCCCAAAUUGAUCGAUACGCACUGGAAAGGAAUCAUUGUAGGCGCGUCUGGCGACUUGCAAAUCACCAGGAUUGACUUUUAGCGCGUCCUUCCACGGGGUAAUUCUUUAAUCCUUCACCGAUCCAGCACUCCGUGAGUGUGCUGUCACCAACAUCCACAGCAGGACCUUUCGAUCUUAGCAGCCUGUGUGAGGUGCGAUGAUCUUUGGAGACGAGAGACGGACUGCAUUGGCUGAGCACAGGGACACAUUCAUUGCCGAAACUUCUCGUGGACCGGCCGAAUCGUGCAUGCAUCUGUUUGCAUGGUCUGAGAUCUCUAAUCCCAGUAUUAUGGUCAAUUAUGUUUGUUCUCACCUCCAGCACCAACGAGGGAUGAAGGGAAUUUACGUGACCGCUCGACUCGUAAUAUCGCGACCCGGCGAAAACCACCUGCUCUCGGAUGUUUCUUUCAAACAUUUACAAGUGCUGUCGUUGUGACGAGGCAUUCAUUAAUCCUCUCCACACAACAACCUUCGUUGUUGGUGCGUAGGUCUCCG